AAAGUUAAUAUUUAAAAUUCACUUCCAUACAUCACAAUUUUUUUUUUUUUUUGUAAUUAUUGAUUUUUUCCAAUUCUUGAAUAUCUCUAACACUUAUUCUCCUACCAUAAAAAGAAAACCCCAGUGGAACUUUGAUCUUAUCAAUCUUGGUAUAGCUUCAUUUCUGCAUUCAGAGAGUGUGAGAGAGAAAUGAAGCUCUGGAGUGCUUUGUUCUGCAUUCUUCUUCUGUUGCAAGGAAGUUAUCUCCGUGUGGAAGCCGAUGACAGGUUUGUUACGACCAGGGGAGUGCAACUCAUGUUUCGUGGAAGUCCAUUUUAUGGAAAUGGGUUCAAUGCUUACUGGCUCAUGUACAUGGCUUCCGAUCCAUCUCAGAGAAGCAAGGUCUCGUUGGCAUUUCAGGAAGCUCGACAGCACGGCCUCAGAAUAGGCAGAACUUGGGCUUUCAGGGAUGGUGGAGACAGAGCCCUUCAGUACUCACCUGGUUCUUACAACGAGCAAGUGUUCCAGGGGUUGGAUUUUGUGAUAUCUGAGGCUAAGAAACAUAGAAUUACGCUGAUUCUGAGUCUCGUGAAUAAUUAUGAUGACUAUGGAGGGAAGAAACAGUAUGUGAACUGGGCAAGAGAGCGGGGGCAAUCUAUUAGAUCUGAUGAUGAUUUCUUCACAAAUUCUGUGGUGAAGGGAUACUACAAGAACCAUGUCAAGACUGUUCUGACAAGACGCAACACCUUCACCGGAGUUCUUUACAAAGAUGAUCCCACAAUAAUGGCUUGGGAGCUUAUGAAUGAACCUAGACGUCAGUCAGAUCAAUCGGGAAAGACCAUUCAGGCGUGGAUUACAGAGAUGGCUUCUCAUGUGAAGUCCAUUGAUGGGAAACAUUUACUUGAAGCUGGAUUGGAAGGGUAUUAUGACCAAUCAUCAUCUCAAAAACAGGAAAACAAUCCUAGUUUUCUUGUGGGAACAGAUUUCAUUGCAAACAAUCAGAUCUCCGGAAUUGAUUUUACUACCGUUCAUUCCUAUCCUGAGUCAUGGUUUCCGGGCUUCAGUUUUCAAAGGCAAAUUGAAUUUUUGAACAAUUGGCUGAACAACCACACUCAAGAUGCUCAGAACAUCCUUCACAAGCCAGUACUCUUCGCGGAGUUUGGAAAAUCUUUGAGAACCCCUGGUUCAAGCCUGAACCAGAGAGAUGUGCUCUUCCGAACAGUUUACUCAGCAAUCUACUCAUCAGCAAGCCGCAGUGGUGCAGCCGUUGGAGGCUUGUUCUGGCAGCUUUUCCCUGAAGGAAUGGACUCAUUCCAUGAUGGGAACGAGGUUAUCUUAAGCGAAAACACCUCAACUGUCAGGCUCAUUAACUAUGAAUCUAAGAAGCUUAACCACAUCAGAAACAUGCAUGGGAGGGCAGCAAGAGGCAUUGAGAGGGCAAAACAGAGGGCUGGGAACAGUAGCAGUAUUCAGGGGACCAAUAAGAAAAAAUUUUAGGAUUUCUGGUCAGAACUGAAUCUUAUAGUCGAUAUCGGAAUAACUAUAAUCGUCCAUACAUACGGUUGCAGUAAUAUAGCUUUUGCAUUAUCGAUACUGCUGAAUAAAGUGGAGGGAUUACU